UUGAGCGAACAAAAUUUGAUGCACUUUUUUUACACUUGUUUUGUUGUUGUCAAAAAAAAUAUAAAAAAUAGAAAUCGAAUUGAACUAAAAAUUGUUUUUAUAAUUUUCUAAAUUAAUUACAUUGUGUUAAAAGCCAAAUAAGUUUAAAAUAAAAGAGGUGUUUCGCAAAAUGCCCUCCGCAAAUCCAAAAGUUUAUCAUGAGAGACAAACACGUCAGCUUUGCGCUCUGCAUACAUUAAACAAUUUAUUUCAAUCUCGUCAGGCAUUUACCAAAGAGCAAUUGGACCAGAUAUGCACGAAUCUAAAUCCUAAUGUAUGGUUAAAUCCUCACCGUUCGAUGCUGGGUUUGGGUAACUAUGACAUCAAUGUAAUUAUGCAGGCGUUGCAACUACGCAACUGUGAGGCAGCUUGGUUUGACAAGCGCAAGGAUCCUGAAUGCAUUGAUUUGAGCGUUAUUGUUGGAUUUAUUUUAAAUGUACCUUCGGAUUACAAAUUCGGCUUUAUAACACUACCUUUGCACAAAAGACAUUGGAUAGCAGUGCGUGCCAUAGAGGGAAAAUACUAUAAUUUAGAUUCUAAGCUGCAUAUGCCCGAAUGUAUAGGAACAGAACAACAAUUAUUUGCUUAUUUGAGACAACAAUUACAAGCCAAUGAUCGGGAAUUAUUCGUUAUAAUCGAAUCUAGUGCCAAUGAGACGGAUGCGCCAAAGAAAUGGUUAAAAGAUACAAACAAAUCCUCAUCCUCUGACCUACCGUCCACUACAAUGAAUGGUCAUGUGUCAUGAGUUGUAUAAAUUUUGGGUGCUAAACAUAAAUUUUAAGAUGUUUUUUAGGUUGUAAUAUCAAAUUUUUCACUGUUAUGAAAGAAACAAAGACUCUAGUCUGGAUAUUUAUUAAAAUGCUGGCAAAACACAUUAAAAGAAACUGUUUAAAGACUUGUAAAGUUUCGUUUAUUAAAACUUGGGGUGAAUGUGUUUAAAUUGUUAGUAAUUAAGUUUAAGUUUUUUAUUAUUAUUAUUGAGCACAAAAAUGGAUUUAGCAUAUAUUUAAAAUAUAUAAAUAGAUUUAAUAAAAAAAAAAUAAUGUACAAAAUA